CCAGAGCGUCUCUCCCCUGGAUGGAACCGAACUGCCUCCAGUCGACCAUGGCGCUAGGGCUGUCUUCGAAGAAAGCCUCUUCCAGAAACAUCGCCGUGGAGAGGAAAAACCUGAUCACCGUCUGCAGAUUCUCCGUGAAAACAUUGCUGGAGAAAUAUACCAUAGAACCCAUUGAUGACUCAUCAGAGGAGUUUGUGAACUUCGCUGCUAUUCUAGAACACAUCCUCAGCCAUCGCUUCAAGGGGGAUCAUGGUCCUGUCAGCUGGUUCAGCUCCGAUGGGCAACGUGGCUUCUGGGAUUACAUCCGCCUGGCCUGUAGCAAAGUCCCGAAUAACUGUGUCAGUAGCAUUGAGAACAUGGAGAACAUCAGCACCUCUAGAGCCAAGGGCCGGGCAUGGAUCCGAGUGGCACUGAUGGAGAAGCGCAUGUCCGAGUACAUCACCACAGCCCUGCGGGACACCAGAACCACCAGGAGAUUUUAUGAUGACGGGGCAAUCAUGCUGAGAGAGGAAUCAACUGUUCUCACAGGGAUGCUGAUAGGGCUCAGUGCCAUAGACUUCAGUUUCUGCUUGAAAGGGGAAAUCAUGGAUGGCAAGACGCCUGUGGUUAUUGACUACACUCCAUACCUGAAGUUUACCCAGAGCUAUGACUACCUAAGUGACGAGGAGGACAGGCGCAGCUUGGAGAGCAGUACAAGUGAAGACAGCUCCCCUGACCACCCCUACUUACCGCUAGUGACGGCCGAAGACAGCUGGUACAACAAAUGGCGGAAGAUGGAGCAGAAGUUCCGCAUUGUCUACGCACAAAAGGGCUAUCUGGAGGAGCUGGUUCGGCUGAGAGAGUCACAGCUGAAGGACCUAGAGGCAGAGAACAAACGCCUGCAAUUGAGGCUGGAGGAGGUGAAGGUGCAGAAUCAGCUAGAGAAACGGGAGCUGGAGGGGGUCAUCUUGGAGCUGCAGGAACAGCUACUUCCCUCCUCCCGCUCUGCCCCCAGGACGGGCCUGAUCCCAUCGGAUAACAGCCAGUUCACUCAACUGUCCAAGGAAAUGGCAGCGCCCUUGGUGAACCAGUGGCCCUCUUUGGGGACUCUGAAUGGCAACGAAAGUCGCUCCGAAGCCAAAAUGUACAGAAGGCACAGUUUCAUGAGCACAGACCAGCUGUCAGCAGAGAUCAGCCUGAGCUCGGAUUCCCAAAGGAUGGGCGAAGGGAAGCUUGAAGGAGAACCUUGGGGGCCACUGGGAAAGGACCCGACUCCAUCAAUGCUGGGCCUCUGUGGCUCUUUGGCCUCCCUGCCUAGUUCCAAGUCCUUAGCCAGCCUAAAAUCCAACGAGUGCCUGGUGAGCGACAGCAUUGAACCCAGCCCUGCCCACAGCCCCAGCUGAGACAUCAAGACGGCUAUCCCUACAAACCACAAGAAAUGCCUGUGGCGGGGAACGAGAAUCGAGUCCCUUUGACUUGGCUAUUGAGCCUGAUGUUACAGUAGGGUAAUGAGCCCACGUCCUCAACGGGACACUUCUUUAAACGCAAAGACUUUCCCCCUUAAAUCUUUUCCCUGCCCAGGAUUUAAAAUGGGGAAGAAAAGGCUGCACACUUGUUGGAAGCAGGAAGGAUUGCCUGCCCAAGGCACUUUUGUAAAAUGAUGCUGUGUAUAUUAUGUGUAAUAUAUAUAUUAUAUAUAUGAUUGAGAUUGCUAGAAGGUAGCUGUCUCCGGGGGAGAACGCUUAAAAGUCCUCUAAAUUAUUGCUGCUGAACGGGGGGGAGAGACAGAAGACAGCUACACAGGUUGAAAUCCAUGGCGCAUUCUCGGUAGUGAAAACGUGCACAGCGUCGAGGUGAUGUUGUUGAGGACCCUGUCUGUUUCCUCCCUGUUCGACAACAGGAGGCUCUGUGGAAGUGUGUGUGAGAAGUAAGCUGUCGGGCAGGCGGAUGUUGAGUUUCCCAUCUUCCCUGUGACUCAGCAUGCAAUUGCAGCAACAAACAUGCUACCUUCCUGCAAUGGGUGGUAGUGGAUUUCAAGUUGCCUCCAGAUUUCUGGGUUUCUUUUGCGAUUCAGGAAGCCUCUUCCGUCUUCAACCCUACCAGACUGCUGCGGAAUCUACUUCCUCUGUUUUUCCUGCAUGUUGCUAUCCCAGUGGAUGUUUUCUUUUUUUACUUCAGGGACAGUCUUGGAAGGCGGAAAAGGGCCGGUUUACACAUCGGGUAUUUGAUGUGUGGUACUCAAGGCACAAUUGGCCUCUUCCCCUACCAGAGUUUUGACAAAGCAGACUUAGGAAUGCUCCGGUAUGUGAUGACUUCACUCACCACGGCUGAAAAACUGUUAUAGACCAGCAGCUGGGGAAGCUGUAGAAUUAAUGGGCAAGAAUUAAAACAGAUUUAAGGAGCUGGCAGUAAAGUGGGACAAAGUCUGUUGAAGUCUCUUUUCCGAUGCACAUCUUUCUUCUGCAAACAUCCUUAGGUCUUUU